AUGGCUUUCGAAACAACUGCCACCAUUGCCUCCUUUGGAGGCAAGCUCCUCAAGUUGAAGCACAAGUCAUCGAGCACCAAUACCGACAUGGCACUCAACCUCUACCUGCCUCCGCAAGCAUUCAACUCCGGCGCGAAGAUCCCAGUCCUUUUCUACCUCUCCGGCUUGACUUGCACGGGAGAUAACUGCUCAGAGAAGGGCUUCUUUCAACACGGCGCAAGCCAGAAGGGAAUAGCAGUCGUAUACCCUGAUACCAGUCCUCGUGGUCUGCAAAUACAAGGGGAGGACGACGCCUAUGACUUCGGCUCCGGCGCGGGCUUCUACGUUGACGCUACAAAAGAGCCAUGGACAAAGGGUUACAACAUGUACUCGUACAUCACCAAAGAGCUUCCGGAAGCCCUGUUCUCGUCGUUCAAGGAACUGGACUCCAGCAGGGUCAGCAUAACAGGACAUAGCAUGGGCGGCCAUGGAGCCUUGACAUUGUUCUUGAAGAAUCCUGGAAAGUACAAGUCCGUCUCGGCAUUCGCGCCCAUCGCCAAUCCGAUCAAUUGCCCGUGGGGCCAGAAAGCUUUCAAGGGAUACUUUGGAGAGGACCAGCAGGAGAAGUGGAAGGAGCACGAUGCAACUGAGCUUGUCAAGCAGUGGAAGGGUCCUCUAGAAAUGCUCAUCGAUGUGGGCACCGGUGACAACUUCUACAAGCAGAAGCAACUCCUUCCUGAGAACUUCAUUGAAGCGGCGAAGCAGGCUGGAAAUGACAAGGGCAUCAACCUACGCUUCCACCCCGAUUACGACCAUAGCUACUACUUUAUGGCAUCGUUCGCAGACGAGCACAUUGCAUAUCAUGCGAAGUAUUUGGGCGUAUAG